AUGGCGCCUGAUACGCUCGAUCUCGCCGGCAAAGUUGCCAUUAUCACCGGCUCAGGCAAAGAGACCGGCAUUGGUGCCCGUAUUGCUACCACUCUGGCUCGCAACGGGGCACUUGUUGUAAUCAACCAUGUGUCUGAUACCAGCAGACCGCGAGCUGCUGGUGUUGCACAAGCAGUAUGUCAGGACGGGGGAAAGGCAAUUGCCGUCCAAGCAGACGUGUCCACAAUCGAGGGGGCAAACAAACUGGUCCACCAGACUCUUGAGCAGUUCCGUGUCGACCAUAUUGAUAUUCUCGUAAACAACGCAGCAGGCGGUGCUCCCCACGGAACCCUACAAGCAACCCGCAAUUCCAUCGACGCCGUAUUCGCCCCAACCGUCUAUGCACCCAUAUUCCUACUACAAGCUGCAAUCCCCCAUAUCCCGCACGGCGGCCGCGUGAUCAACAUCGGCUCUGAGGCAUCGAGACUUGGCAUGGCCCCGAUUGCCAUCUACGGCGCUGCAAAAGCCGCGCAGGAUGCGCUGACAUACUCGAUGGCGAUGGAAGUGGGUCGCAGCCAUGGCAUCACUGUCAACACUGUAUCGCCUGGACUAGUAGACACGGAAGCCCUGCCGAAGGAAUAG